UCACAGGCUUCAGGCUGCCCUUAUAAAGUUGUUCCACUUUUGCACACUUCCUCAUACUGCUAGUUCCUCUGCAAAGAUGAAGCUGCUCGUUUACUUAGUCUUGCUUAAGACAGCUCUGCUUGCUUUAACAAAUGUCUUUGCAGUUGUUUUAUUAGAAGAGGCAGAGGAUGCUGAAGAACGAAAAGUUACUGCUACGUGUCCUAUAAAGGUCAAAACUCAUGGGAAAUGUGAUGAAGGAGAGGAUUGUCCAUAUCAGAUAAACCUGCCUCCAAUGACCAUCCAGUUACCCAAACAAUUCAGACUGAUUGAGAAGACUCUCAAAGAAGUUCAGACCCUUAAAGAAGCAGUAAACAAGCUGAGGAAAUGCUGCCAAGAUUGCAAGCUGCAGGCAGACGACAACCAAGAAAGAGACAGUAGUAAUGAAUUCCUGCUACCUAAUGCAGAAAAUCCAGAAGAAAACAGUAAAAUCCAAGAUAACAGAGUAAAGGAACUGCAAAGCAAAGUUAACAGAAUGUCGACCAGCUUAAAAAAUGCAAAGAGCCAGAUUCAGACACUGCAGGGUCGCCUAGAGAAAAUGAGCCUCAUAAAUAUGAACAAUGUAGAAAAUUAUGUUGACAGCAAAGUUGCCAAUUUGACAUUUGUUGUGAACAGUCUUGAUAACAAAUGUUCUUCUAAAUGCCCAGCAAUGCAACCAAGACCUGUUGUACAGAUUAUGCAGAGAGACUGUGCUGAUUAUUAUAUAGCAGGUAGAAGAAAUAAUGGAAUCUACAGAGUUACCCCUGACCCCCAAAACAACAGCUUUGAUGUUUAUUGUGACAUGGAAGCACUGGGAGGUGGCUGGACACUGCUGCAGCGGCGUCAGGAUGGUAGCACCAACUUCAACAGAACGUGGAAUGAGUACAAAAAUGGCUUUGGAAACCUUAGCAGGGAGUUUUGGCUAGGGAAUGACAAAAUUCACCUCCUGACAAAGAGCCAGGAAAUGCAACUGAGAAUUGAACUCGAAGAUUUCAAUGGUAUCAGAGAAUAUGCUAAAUACCAACAUUUCUAUGUGGCCAACGAAUAUCUAAAGUACCGUCUGAGUGUUCAUGGCUAUAGCGGGACAGCGGGAGAUGCCCUUCACUACAGCAAACAUUACAACCAUGAUCAAAAAUUCUUUACGACGCCGGACAAGGAUAACGAUAGGUAUGCAUCAGGAAACUGUGGAGCAUACUACAGCUCCGGCUGGUGGUUUGAUGCAUGCUUGUCAGCCAACCUCAAUGGCAAGUACUACCACAAGAAAUACAAAGGUGUUCGCAAUGGGAUUUUCUGGGGUACCUGGCAUGGUGUUUCUGACGAUAUUCCUAGCGGUUAUCGGCAACCCUUUAAAUCAGUAAAAAUCAUGAUCAGACCCAAAAGUUUUGCGCCAUAAAUCUAGGCCUUUCUCUUAACUGGUUUGCAUUGGAUUGCGCUCAGAAUUAUACUUACUCAGUAUUAUACUCAGAAUUCAAAUAUUCAGUUAUGUUUGGCAUAAAAUAGUUCUAGAGAAAUAACAUAUCUCCACAUAAAUCUUUAGAGAUGGUUUGCCCUCUAAACUAUUGCUAAAACUUAGCAUAGGUUAAGUCUUGGUAUUGCUACGUAAAUAUCCUAGGCAUUGUGGUUGGUGCUUUUACUGUCUGUGGUAUACUAGAUUUUAUAAUGUAAAAGUUGUACACAGUCUCCUUUAGAUUGUAUCUGAAUUAACACCUGCGUUUUCACUUGAAAAUAACUGAGAAGCACAUCUGAUAACAUACAUCUGUUAGGCACUUAGAGUAAAACUUAGCGUCUCUUGAUAUGGCCCUAUUUUUUGUAUCAUCUAUGUUUCACAACCGCAAGCCUAUGCCAUGGCAUAAGUAUGACUUAGGAAAGUAGUGUGUAUUAUUAUUUUAAAAGGAUUAGGGAACAUAAGACCACGUGGUUGGCUCAAAGACGCAAAAGAAGCCUUGAGGAAAAAUUAGAAAAGGAAGAUGAUUCCUUUCGCCAAAUAAGUUGGUGAAAGAAUUGAAUAAGAGCAAGUGGAAAUAGUGUGUAGAGCACGUAAAGAAGGAGGACCCUUUUUGUUCCCGUCAAUUCCUCUGUUCAGGCCUAAUGUCCUAUUCCUCCUCUGUGGGAGAAAGGAAUGGUUAUGUAGCUUAUCGCAAACUUAUAUAGGUAGACAGACAGGUAGGAAGAAACAGCAGCAGGGAUACAAGUCUUUGCAUUAACGCCUCUAAAUACAUAUAGGAAUUUCCAGAACCAUUUGCUUUCUUCUGAAUCUUUUAUGUAAGACAAAUAAUACAAGAUGACUUUUGCAGAGACUCAAGCUCUCUCUUAAAAACUACUCACUACAUGUACCAUUAGAGCUUCAGUUACUUAUAAGAUUAUAAAAAAUUUGUAAAAUUUUUUUUUUUUACUCGUUUUCUGAGUAGCCCUUUUUAAAGUCACAGAAACAUGAAAAAUCCAGUGGCAAUUACAUACAGGAAAGAAAAUAGGUGAAGUACCUUUUUGUUCUAAAAUAUAACAGACGAAAACUAAUCAAAUGUUCAAACACUUCAGGGAGUACAAGCUAAAGAUAAUAUUAUUAUAGCUCAUAUUUUAGAUAGCAAGCAUAAAUUUGCCUACAUAAAUCUCUUGCCCACAUUAGAAAGGACAUCUCUCUACAAUUAGAGUGACAAACAUUCUGAGAUGAGAUGCAGUAUUAGCGUAUUAUAUUAGCAAAAGAGGUAUAUACCAAUUUUGAGAAGGAAAUAAACUACUAGGCCUGUAUUUCCUUACCCGUAAAAGUGCGCCCUUUGCUGGCAUAGGCUUGUUGGUUAAAGAAGCUAUUUCUUAAUGAUGCUAAGCAACCGAGCGAUGCCAAUGAAAUGGGUAAGCACAUAUCUGAUCUAAUACUUUACAGGUAUGACCUUUACUGCUUUUUAAGAUGAUAACUAAAACUAUUAUAGUCACAAGUUAUGUAAAAUGAGCAACAGCGGCAAUUACUAAAUUGUAAAAUAUUAAUAUAUAUAUUUUAAGGGAGUAAAUACUUUGAAGGAUAUUUCAGUGCGAAGUGUAAUUUGUUUUACUAUGUUUCAUUUUUAAAGAUUAAUGGAAGAUUUUAACUUUGAGGUGUACAAUCUUUGCUUGAGAACAUGUUUUAAGUUUUACAGUAUUUAUUUUGGGAUUAACAACAAUUGUCUAAACCAAAAAAAACACUGACGAAAUAUUGGUUAGAAGAGCAAAUAUGUAAUUGCAUAUGUUUAUAUUUCACCACAUGGCAAGAAAUGCACAAUUUGCUCCUAUUCAUUGUAUGGUAACUAGAUAAGUACGACAAUUAUAGUAUGUACAAGCUUCUACUUGAAAAUGUCUUUUUCCUGCUAAGUUGCUGGAAGAGCAACUGUUAUGUUUGGCAUAUCUUUGUAUCUUAUAUAAAGGGAAUUUUGUAAAAGAGAAAUUUUAACAGAAUAAGCAAAUGCGACUAACAUCGCCUACAAAAGCCUUGGCCAAUCUCUUAAAAUGGGAAGGAAAAGGCAGUGAACGUUGUUACACAAAGCUCACUAUAUGUACCUACCUGGAACUGUUGUAGCUGAGUUUCCAUUAAUACGUAUUAGUUUUACAAAGUGUAACUCUAUCUACUUGCUGGAUCAAGCGUUAUUUUAAAAUUUUCCUUGGUGUAAAUAAAGAUUAAGACGCACUGUUGA